ACAAACAGGAAAUAAACCUUAAGGAUGGACUUCCUGUCACAUUAUCAGUAUGCAGCAAGCAUAAAAUGUAGUAAAAACAAUGUUCCUAAGAGCCUGAUACACAAAGAAGGUUUCUAACCUCAAAAAUCUCCGGGAAACUUCUUGGAGGGAAUAAGAAUAUUGUCUGGCAAGAUUCCUACACAAGCGCACAUAGUUCUUAUUAUACUAAUCGCAUCAUCAGGAGGUGGAGAGCACAGCAGAAAGCGCAUGACAACCACACAGAGCAUUAUUCCACCAAAUAAUAAAGUCAGCAUGGCUGGCAGGGAUUCCGGGGGGAGUGGGCAGUAUGUUUUGUAUCUGGUCAGAAGUGCCUCUAUAUGCGUGUGAAGUAUAGUGAACGACUGGUGGAGUUGAGAAGGCCAGAGAGUUGAUUUCAGUGCGAGUAUUACAAAGCACCAAAGAGAGAGGAGGCAGAAUUGGGAGUUCUUAGUGGUGACCCUCCUGCCCCUCUUGUAAACUCUGAGUGAAUCUAUGAGUGUCUGUGAGGCGCACAAAAACAGCACAAACAAUACAGCAGUAUGCGCCGUGACGCUGAAAUUAUCAAACAUACCUCCACAGAGAGAAUUGGCUCAAGUAUGAUUUUGUGCCCUGCAAUUGACUCUCAGUUUAUUGAUUAAUCUGCAUCCAUCUCCAGGAUGUGUCAGUGCUAAAAGCAUGAGGACUCUUGGUCAGUUACCGGAAUCACUACGCAUAAAAAAAGUUGUGCUUUUUGCUUCGGAUUUGUGUGGAAAAGUGCAGUGAAAAUCUUCCGGGUAGAGACUUUGAAAGAAGCUCCCGAGCAAAAGAAAAACAACCAGAUUGGGUGCAAUACUGAAAAGGGUGCUCCAAGGGGUGGACAAGGGAGUGGACAAAAGAUGGAUUUAGCAUUUAGUAUUAAGGAUAAGUGUCGUCUAUGUGCUGUUGAUCUCACAAGUAUCCCCGAAACGAAGAUUCUUUAUCUCAAUGAUAAGCCUAUCCUGGACAGGAUCAAGAAGUACCUCCAAGUAACGGUGAAACUUGAUGAUUACAUGCCAAAGAUAGUCUGCGAGAGAUGUUCUCAGAUCAUCACGGACAUCGAUGAACUGGCCAAAGUGGCUAAGAAUACCCAAAAAUACUUCCUGAUGCACCUCAAUGCAUCACUGAGGAAGAUUGAGGAGGAAAGUAAUGUAAAACAUCCUUCUAUUCCACCUGCAAUUCCUCAAAAGCGAACCAGGAAGCGUGCUAGAAAAUCUCAAACGGAGAAAAAUGUUUCUGGACAGGGAAUAUUGACAAAUCCAGCUUCAACGAACCCACCGAUAUCCCUUGAACAGAUGAUAAAUGAACAACUUUCCAAGAAUCCAGUAGGAGCUGAUAAAUGCCUCCACAGCGAUCCUCAGCUCAAUUACCUGGCCAGCAACGAAGUGUCCAUCUAUGCGUACGAUGAUCUCAAACUGGGGCAGCUCAUUAAAGACACAGAACUCCUGAAACUCAUCCUAAAGUCUCUGAAGUGGGAUGAUAGGAAUCCAGAUAUUCAGCUGGAAAAAUUGAAAAAUACCAGCUUCCGGAAGAUUCUCAGUAAUUCAAAUCUCCUUCACGAUGGAGAUCUCUUGAGUUUGAUUAAGUCUUAUGUUGGUCAGGACACAUUCUCAAGUACCUUCCGGCCUUUGGAUGCUUCCGGGACAACUACAGGGAUUGUCUAUGAUCUUCAGGUGAGCUAUCACCUCCCCAAUGUCACUGUGACCAGUGGAUGCCAUGAGAAGUUGGGAGAACUCUCGAAUCUCUACAGUGGCGAGGUGAGUGUGACUGAGAUGGAAGUUGGAGUGGACCCAGAGCUUUUUCUGCCCUAUGACGAAGAUACAGAAGCCACAAAUGGUGAUGGAAGCUGCGACAGUACGACUCUCAGUGUUGAUCUCAGCGAGCAGAGAGACUUUGAGGAUCUGGAGGAAAAAGUGGAGAACAAUAACGAUUCAACGACUCCUAGUCGAGCAACCUCAAACAUUCCAGACGUUGGAUUUGACUGCACAACCUGUCCGGAAAAGUUCCAGACGCAUGUUCAACUGCAGGAUCAUGUACUGACGCAUCUGCUGAAGAAGAAGACAUCCCCAGGAGAACCAAAACCCAAGAUAACCACCAAAGCUGGGAAGGAGAAUGAGGCUAAAGUGAGGAAUCUGGAGGAGGGAAAUCUCAUGGGGAAGUUCACUUGUUUGGUGUGUGACAAGAAACUGUCCACAAAAGGGAAUCUCAAGGUGCACAUGGACACUCACAAGCCCAAAGGGAAGUACGCUUGCGAUAAAUGUGGAAGGAUAUUCAAGACAGUGAUCAAUCUGGUGCGUCACAAGGAAUAUCACAGCGGCAUAAAGUUUUCCUGCACAACCUGCGGUCGAGUUUAUCCUACAAAUAGCACCCUAAAGGCCCAUAGUAUCACCCACAGCAACGUUAGACCCCAUACGUGCUCCAUCUGUCUCAAGACGUUCAAGAGAAAUCAGGAUCUCAAGUUUCAUUUGAAUCAGCAUACGGGCCAGAAGCCCUACAAGUGCAUUUACUGUCCCAAGACUUUUGCCAGUUCAGGGAAUUGCUUCUCCCAUCGAAAGCGAAUGCAUCCGGAAGAGAUGAAGCUCGCCAGUCAAGAGGAAGAUGGCAAUGCCUCUGAGAAAAAGCCAUCGGGAGAAGUUUAAUUGGCUGGAAUACAUAAAUGUAUCAGUGAAGUGUUCCACAGUACUAAUUUUGUGUGUAUAAUCGAUAGAUAAAUGAAUAUUUCUGUGAUAUGUUGAGAAAAUCCCCAUGGAAUAAAAGUUGCCAUGAAAAUGAAAAA